GCCUCGCUUAUGCAUGCUCGUGGACAAUUCCUCCAGCUUCGCUAGCUGUCAAUCAUGGUGGGGAUGCCGGUCGUUGACGUGCCCGAGACGCCGGUGGCGGCGGGGGCGCCGCGCGUGCCCGUGCCCCCGGCACGGCCGUUCCUCCACAUCCUCGGCGCCCACCUGAGGGAGACCUUCUUUCCCGACGAUCCGUUCCGAGCGGUGGCGCGGGAGGACGGGCACGGCCGGCGCGCCGUGGCCGCGCUCCGCUACCUGUUCCCGUGCCUGCAGUGGCUACCGUGCUACACCCUCGGCGCGCUCCGGUCCGACCUCAUCGCCGGUGUCACCGUAGCCAGCCUCGCCGUCCCCCAGGGCAUCAGCUACGCCAAGCUCGCCGAUCUCCCGCCCAUCAUGGGACUAUACUCUAGCUUCGUGCCGGCGCUGGUAUACGCGGUGAUGGGAAGCUCCAGGGACCUGGCGGUGGGGACGACGGCGGUGGGGUCGCUGCUGUUCCCUGCGUUGCUGGGGAAGGAGGCGCCGCCGGCGGAGAACCCGGAGCUGUACAUGCACCUGGCCUUCACGGCCACCUUCUUCGCCGGCGUGUUCCAGGCCGGCCUUGGCAUCCUCAGGCUGGGCUUCGUGGUGGACUUUUUGUCGCAGGCCGCCAUCGUCGGGUUCAUGGGCGGCGCCGCCACGGUGGUGUGCCUGCAGCAGCUCAAGGGCCUCCUGGGCCUCCAGCACUUCACCAGGGCCACGGACGUCGUCGCCGUCAUGCGCGCGGUCUUCUCGCAGACCCACCACUGGCGAUGGGAGAGCUUGGUUCUCGGGUGUUGCUGUCUCAUUUUUCUGCUCAUGACUCGCUUCUUCAGCAAGAGGCGACCCAGGCUCUUCUGGGUGUCGGCUGCGGCACCGUUGGCGUCACUCGUUGUUGGAAGCAUCUUCGUGUACCUCGUCCAUGGCCAAAACCAUGGCAUCGAAGUGAUUGGUAACCUCAAGAAGGGCAUAAACCCGUCGUCCGCCAAGAGCUUGAUCUUGUCGCCGCCGCACAUGAUGGUCGCUCUCAAGACCGGCAUCAUCACCGGCCUCAUCGGCCUCGCCGAAGGGAUCGCCGUGGGGAGGAGCUUCGCCAUGUCCAAGAACUACCACGUGGACAACAACAAGGAGAUGGUCGCCUUCGGGCUGGCGAACAUCGUGGGGUCCUGCACCUCAUGCUACCUCACCACCGGCCCCUUCUCGCGCUCCGCCGUGAACGUCAACGCCGGCUGCAAGACCGCCAUGUCCAACGCGGUGAUGGCGGUGGCGGUGGCCGUGACGCUCCUCUUCCUGACGCCGCUGUUCCACUACACCCCGCUGGUGGUGCUGUCGGCCAUCAUCAUCUCGGCCAUGCUGGGCGUUUUUGACUUCCCCGCCGCCGUUCGCCUGUGGAAGGUGGAUAAGCUCGACUUCUGCGCCUGCCUCGGCGCCUACCUCGGCGUCGUCUUGGACAACAUCGGGAUCGGACUCUCCAUCGCGGUCGGGAUAUCGGUUGUCCGGAUCCUGCUGUUCGUGGCGCGGCCGAGGACGACGGCGCUCGGCAAGAUGCCCAACUCGACCAUGUACAGAAGGAUGGACCAGUACGCCAUGGCGGAGAGCGUGCCCGGAGUGCUGGUGCUGCAGGUCGACGCGCCCAUCUUCUUCGCCAACGCGAGCUACCUGCGAGAGCGGAUCUCGCGGUGGAUCAACGAGGAGGAAGAGCGGAUCAAGGCCACGGGUGAGCAGAGCCUACAGUGUGUCGUCCUGGAAAUGGGUGCCGUCGCUGGCAUUGACACAAGCGGAACGAAGCUCAUAGAGGAUCUCAGCAAGAGCCUGCACAUGAAGAAUAUUCAGAUUGCACUGGCAAACCCAGGGAGUGAAGUGAUGAAGAAACUGGACAUGUCCAAGGUGCUCAUGCGCAUCGACGAUGAGUGGAUCUUUCAGAAGGUGGGUGACGCAUGCGACUACGCGCUGCUCAACUCUAUAGUUGAACUGCACCAUGUGGUCAUUUUGAACUUCCGCACACUAUCAAAAUGGUAUUGCGAUUUACCAUUGGAAAGUUGUGGGCAUGGCGAUCAUAACCUAUGUUGA